GGAAGGUCACAGCCGCCAUGGAGCCCAAGGUGACCUGCGUCCUGGUCAUGGUCUUUGCUCUGGCCCUCAGCAGCCUGGCUCAGGGCGAGGCCGAGACGUGUCAGAUGGGACCCCAUCAAAGGGUAAAUUGUGGUGAACCCGGUAUCACACCUACGGAGUGCAAAGCUAAAGGCUGCUGCUUUGAUAGCAACAUUUUUGGAGUCCCCUGGUGCUUCCAUCCUGUGGCCAUUGAUGAACCUUCAGAAGGGGAGUGUCAGUUUUAGAUGCUUUUCCGGUAGGGAUGGCAUCAGCCCGGCGCCGGGGUCUUAGCUCCAUCUCUGGCCAGAUGUUUCGGGGUCCUCUGAGCCUGAACUCACUGCCUGG